AUGGCAACCGCCAAGCGCAGUACCGUCACCGACGCUCUCGUCAAGGACCACCGCGAGCUCGAAGCCCACUACAAUGAGGUCGUCAACUCCACCGACCCCGAUCAUCAGGAGCGUUACGGCAACCAGUUUACCUGGGAGCUCGCCCGUCACUCGGUAGCUGAGGAGCUCAUCAUCUACCCCGCUUUCGAGCAGUAUCUGGGCUCAAAGGGCCAUGACAUCGCCGAGAAGGACCGCAAGGAACAUCACGAGGUCAAGGAGCAGCUCAAGAAGUUCCAAGGCCUCAAGGUCAAGGACCCGGCCUACAUCCCGACCCUCAAGUCGCUGUGGGCAAAUCUGAAGCAGCACAUCAAGGAGGAGGAAGAAGAGGAUAUUCCCCAACUCGAGAAGGUACUCUCUACCGAGCACCAGCACACGGGCGUCUCCGAGUCUCUCGCGACCAAGUUUGGCAGGACCAAGGCCUUUGUGCCGUCUCGCAGCCACCCCAGUGCUGGCGAGCAUCCUCCGUUCGAGACGGUCAUGGGCCUGCUCACGGCUCCUAUCGACCACAUCGCCGAUAUCUUCCGCAAGUUCCCGGACAAGACCGUCAGCCCCAACCCUUCGACCAAGUAG